GUUUCGCCGAUGCUGUCGCAAAAGUGGAUGAAAAAAAAAAGCCCGUUCAUAUUCUCACGGAAUACUAGAUUCAGCCAGAUGGGAUGAGGCGGUUACCCAGUGUUUACAGACCCAUGUCUCACUAGAUUACCAGUGAGAACCGUUCACCUGGAUUAUACCUGUCCAUGUUCAUGGCAAACCUACGCUCGUUAAGUUUCUGCCAGUGAUCAGUAGGACAAUUUUUAGCAGCAGGUGAACUCUGCAGACAUGGCCAUGGGUUACCAGUGGCAGAAACUCAGCCCAUCCGAGUUCCAUCAACUCCAGGAAUACACAUCUUACUCCUCUAAGAAACUCAAAGAUGUAUUGGAAGAAUUUAAUGGAGAUGGAAUCUUGUCUCGCUAUAACCCAGAAGAGCCCAUCGAUUAUGAAGGGUUUGCCUUGUUCAUGGAAACCUAUAUGGAAGCCAAACUGCCCGAGGAUCUAUGCAAACACUUGUUCUUAUCGUUCCUGAAGACACCUACAGAUGGAAGCUCAAAUCUUGGUAAGGAGAAGAUGCGCGAUGGUGUUAUGGUGCUAUCCCAGUCAUGUGGUCCCAUGAUGCACACGGCAGGCGAUUCGCAUCAUGAGAAAUCUGAAAAACAUCAUGGACUCCUCGCCGAGAAAUUGCACGGAUUAACCGAAAAAUUACACGGCCUUGGCCACCUAGGUGGUGGUGAGAAGGGGCACAGUCGUCAUGAUAGCAGCGGGGGUGACUCUGGCAAGAGAAGCCGGGCAGGUUCAGCUUCUGCAGCCAGUCACCCCUCCAUGGCAGUGUCCAGCCCAGCCCUGGUCGAAAAGGUGGAAGAAGUCACAGACACAUCAAACCAUUCUCGCUCCUCGUCCAAAAAGUCUAACCACAGCAUACAUAGCGUUCACAACGGGCAUGCUAUAGACAGCACAGAUCCCUGGGUGCGCCAGUCUAAUCCCUCCCUUCUUAAAUCAGGCGGCAUUGAUCUGAAACUCGUGAAGACGCGGAGCUCCAGUCUGGAUGUAAAGACAGGCCACAUCUACCUGAAAGAUCUGGUCUGUUACCUGUCCCUACUGGAGGCUGGCCGUCCUGAGGACAAACUGGAGUUUAUGUUUCGGCUCUAUGAUACUGAUGGAAAUGGAAUUCUAGAUGCAACUGAGAUAGACUGUAUAGUGAACCAAAUGAUGUCAGUGGCUGAGUACUUAGGCUGGGAUGUCUCAGAGCUGAAGCCUAUCUUACAAGAUAUGAUGAUAGAGAUAGACUAUGAUGCUGAUGGGACCGUGUCUCUAGAAGAGUGGAAGAAGGGUGGUCUGACCACAAUACCCCUCCUGGUUCUCCUGGGGUUAGACACUCUGCAGAAUGUGAAGGAUGAUGGCACCCAUGUGUGGAGACUCAAACAUUUUAGCAAACCAGCCUACUGCAAUCUCUGUCUCAACCUCCUGGUGGGCCUAGGCAAACAAGGGCUCUGUUGUACAUUUUGUAAAUAUACUGUUCACGAGAGAUGUGUCCAAAGAGCCCCUGCCUCUUGUAUUACGACGUACGUCAAGUCGAAGAAAACGUCACAAGUAAUGAAUCAUCACUGGGUGGAAGGCAAUUGUCCAGGAAAAUGUGAUAAGUGUCGCAAAUCAAUUAAAACAUAUAAUGGAGUUACAGGCCUGCACUGCAGAUGGUGUCAUGUUACAUUACACAAUAAGUGUGCCUCACAGGUGAAGCCAGAAUGUGACCUGGGUGAGUUCCGGGACCACAUCCUGCCCCCUACAGCCAUCUGCCCUGCCGUACUGUCAUUUGGCCAAGGAGAAACAGAGCGGCAGCGCACAGUUGGUGAAAAGGGAAAAAAUGAGAAAAGAGGUUUGACAAGAAAUGAUUCAACUAAUUUUGACAGCCAAAUGGUAAAUGGUCAAAGUUCAUUUCAGAUCACACCCUUAGAUAACUCCCAUCCAUUACUUGUAUUUAUAAACCCUAAAAGUGGCGGAAAACAAGGCACAAAGAUGCUACGAAAGUUUCAGUACUUGCUCAAUCCCCGUCAAGUGUAUGACUUAAUGAAAGGUGGACCCAUGCCAGGAUUACAGUUUUUCAAUGAUGUUCCCAAUUGUCGGAUAUUGGCUUGUGGCGGUGAUGGAACAGUUGGCUGGUUGCUGGACUCCUUAGAUAAAAUGACCUACACGGUGCAGCCUGCAGUGGCAGUGUUACCUUUGGGGACAGGCAAUGACCUGGCUAGGUGUCUGCGCUGGGGAGGAGGCUAUGAAGGUGACAAUUUAGCAAAAAUUUUACACAAAAUAGAACACAGCACACAAGUAAUGAUGGACCGGUGGCAGAUAGAAUUCUCUAAACCAGAUGAUGUGGAGGAGGAACAGGGGGACCCUAUUCCCAGUAACAUCAUCAACAACUACUUCUCUGUUGGUGUGGAUGCGUCAAUUGCUCACAGAUUUCAUUUAAUGAGAGAAAAACAUCCUGAAAAAUUCAACAGCAGGAUGAAGAACAAAUUGUGGUAUUUUGAGUUUGGGACCUCGGAGACAUUUGCAGCAACCUGUAAAAAUUUACAUGAAGAUAUUGACAUUAUGUGUGAUGGUGUUUCACUAGACCUAGCCAAUGGACCCUCAUUGGAAGGCAUAGCUCUGUUAAAUAUCCCCAGUAUUUAUGGAGGUUCCAACCUAUGGGGUGAAAACCCAAGCCAGAAAAAACGAAAGAAAGCUCAGAAAGGAAAGAAAGAUAAAGACAAAGAGUAUUCAACUAGUAGCAUGUCGUCUGCCGAACUCACUAGAGCUGUUCAAGGUAUGUGUAUCCCAGAUAUCGGUGACCGGCUGAUAGAAGUGGUGGGGCUGGACAACUCUAUGCAUGUAGGACAGGUUUAUGCAGGCCUUCGGGCUUCUGGACGGCGACUGGCUCAGUGCUCAUCGGUCGUCAUCAGGACCCGCAAGCGUUUCCCCAUGCAGAUAGACGGAGAACCUUGGUUACAGCCCCCAUGCACUAUCUCAAUUACUCACAAGAACCAAGCUCCAAUGUUGAUGUGUCCACCCUCCAACAAGAAGAACUCUCUGUUCAAACUGUUCAAGCGAUGACAGAUUUCCAGUCAUGCGAAUAUCUACAACCAGUGAGAUCACAGUUUUGCAAUCAGUGCAGAAAGCUGUCCCACCCUCUAUCGUCGUAGCAACAGAAUGGAUAACACAAGUGGUCCUGGGAUGAGUGUACAUGUACUAAGGCUAUAAUCAUGUAAUCACAAUUCUGUGUAUUAAUUUAUUGUUGAUGAAUAUUUAAAAGUUGUAGUAAGUUGUUUUGGGUUUUUUUUUUUCCACAGUUGCCAUGAUCAUCAGAACAAACCUGUUCAUUGAUCAAUUAAGCAUUCAUUUCACUGAUACUUUAUCUGCAGAUGGAUCCAAAAGUCAGCAAAUUCUUCCCUGAAUCAGAUGCAGCUUUUACGUUGUUUUGAAGUGAUAGGUUGACUUUUUUCAAGUGUAAAAUUUGUUAAACAAAUAGAUGAUGGUUUAAAAUGUUUUGCCUUCCACUGAUGUGUUUAAGCGCUGAGGUCAGCAACUCAGCAUUUGGACUGAUUUCCCACAACUUUCAACUGUCACAAUGAUCAUUAGUUGUGUGUCAACUUAAUAGUGGAGGGCUUCUAACCAGUGUACAUGUAUGUGUACUCCAUUGAGACUCCAUUCUAACCCCAGUUAACUGACACACACCAUACCUUGUCUCUUGCAAACCCGCCUUCAGUUUUAAGUAUGGAAUUUUGCCUCAUGUUGCCAGGAGUAGCCUACCCUUUUUAUAUGUUUGGUUACUAUGGUAACCAUGUGGUAUGCAUGGCAGCCAUCUUGUUUUUGCUCACUUUCUCAGUUCAAUUCAUGAUGAAAAGUUAUUUGUAGAAUGUCAGGGAUAUUUGUUGGAUUUAUAUUUGAACUGUUACAAUUGUUACACGUCUGGCAACUUCCAUGUUCGGAUGUUUCUAAGUGAUCCGUUUAGACCUGGGCUUGAUUCUGUGUUGUUGUUCUCCUUUUUUUUUGUAUCAGAUAUUUACAUAUACAAGUUUGUAGCAACUUCUACAAUUAUAACCAAUAUAACUAAUAUGUCUUACCAAACCAUACAAUAUUAUAGCAUACAUAUUUUUAAAUAUUUUGUACCUUGGUGAUUAUGAUGUGUAUUAUUAUGAUUUAUAGUCUCCUUCCCUAUGUAAGAUAUGUGUAAUUGGGGGUGAAAAUCCUUGACAUCAACAUGCAUCCUCAACUGUUCUAAUUUCACUAAAAUAGGACUAAAGCAGCUGUAUUUCCAUGAAUCCAGAAUGGGAUUUGUAUUAUCAACAUUAAUGUCCACAAUAUACGAUGGUAAAGUGUACAUGAACCAUAAAUAGCCAUGAAGUUUCAUAAAACUGCAUAAACUGUUGGAGAACAUUCUAGUGUCUGAGCAGCAAGUUCAUGAUCUGUCACAAGAGCAUUGUGUUAUGGAAUACCUUCAGAGAAUUAAUGAUCAUGAUAUUGGAUGAGGUUAUAAUACAAGUGUGACAUGAUCGUCAUGUAACUAAGUCAUCAUUGAAAAAUUCUGACAUAUUUAGGCCACCAGUAACACAGUCACCACAUAACUACAUGUAGGACGUAGGUCACCAGGUCAUGAAAUAACUAGGUCACAAGACAAUAUGGUUUUUUACCAGUAUUAAAUAAAGGCCAUGUCUGAUACCAUGUCUGAUACAUGACCAUACCAUGCACAUGGUCUUCUGGUACACAUGACCGUGUCAUGCACAUGGUCCUCUGGUACACAUGACCGUGUCAUACACAUGGUCUUCUGGUACACAUGACUGUGUCAUGCACAUGGCCGUCUGGUACACAUGACCAUGUCAUGCACAUGGCCAUCUGGUACACAUGACCAUGUCAUGCACAUGGCUGUCUGGUACACAAGGUUAUCUGGAGCUUAUUACAUGCUUGUAAAACCUUCCUUACACUUCACCUCUUGACAUAGAUGCCCUUGUAAUGUUGGUAGCUUGAUCACCUGACCUGUUGCAUAUGACAGACAGUAGUUCAUACCAUUUGUGACCAGUUUUAAUACUGAUGUGUAUUGCCAGGCAGUUAACACAUAAUCUCCAGUCAGUAACCUAUAAUAUAUGACCUGUUCUGCAGCAUAGACCUUGAUGUAAUACAACGCAAAAUCGUUAGCUUUCCAUCUGAAAACUACUGGGACAGUCAACAUAGUCUAAGGUAGCUGGAUAUAAGGAAGAUAUCCUCAGUAUGUUCAUUCAGCCUUUUACCCUACCCCCUUCCCCCCUCCCAC